AUGAACCCCCCUGAGCAGUUGUAUACACUCGUGCUCGAGUUAUCGUCCCCCGAACAGCGCGAAAGCGCAUUAUUGGAACUAAGCAAAAAGCGCGAAGAAUUUCCAGAACUUGCGCCUGUCCUUUGGCACUCAUUUGGCACGGUGGCUGCCUUGCUGCAAGAAAUCGUCGCUAUUUAUCCGCUUUUGUCACCUCCGCAACUCACGGCCCACGCGUCGAAUCGAGUGUGCAAUGCACUGGCACUUUUACAAUGUGUGGCAUCACACUCAGAAACUCGUACUCAUUUCCUUAACGCCCAUAUUCCCUUAUAUUUAUAUCCGUUUUUAAAUACAGUGAGCAAGAAUCGACCGUUUGAAUAUUUACGUCUAACAAGUCUGGGGGUCAUUGGCGCACUAGUUAAGGUUGAUGACUCGGACGUAAUUAACUUUUUGCUACAAACGGAGAUUAUCCCACUUUGUCUCCGUAUUAUGGAAGCAGGUAGUGAAUUAUCCAAGACAGUAGCUACCUUUAUUGUGCAGAAAAUUCUACUAGAUGAUAUGGGACUUACCUAUAUUUGUCACACGCCGGAGCGAUUCUAUGCGGUUGGCACGGUAUUGAGCAAAAUGGUGACGACAUUGGUUGAUACACCAGCUCCACGACUUUUGAAGCAUAUUAUUCGCUGUUACCUUCGUUUGUCGGAUAAUUCACGUGCUAAAGAAGCCCUUCGUCAGUGUUUGCCAGAGGCUUUGCGUAACAACACGUUUGAUGAGGCUUUAAAAGAAGAUGCCACCACGAGUCGCUGGUUAGCGCAACUUUUGUACAACAUUAGCACCGAUGCCAAUGUCGGUACUGAAGCUGUUCAUGGUGCACGUCUUUUGAGUUAA